AUGACCUCCGUAGGGACUAUCUUCUGGGGUCUCAUCGACCCCUGGCUCUUCAUGUCUUGUUCCCUAUACUAUCUCCCCCCGACGAUCCUUGCUCUCCUCCGCGCCCGUGAUGCCUCCACCCUCUUCAGCUGGCCGCGCCUGCAGGCAGCCUGGUUCGGCCGCUUUUGGGCGUGGGCAGGGCCCAGCGUGCGCGAGGGGGGCCAGGCGCGUGUGGGGGCACUCCUCGAAGGACGCGUCCGCGGCGGGCGGAUCGUCGACGGCGACUCGGACGAGGACAGGACCGCCGCCGCCGCCCUCCGCGUGCGCGGCGUCGUCAUCGAGGUCGGCGCCGGCUCGGGCAUGUGGGUGAACAUGUUCGCCAAGGUUGGAGGCGUCCAGAGGGUCUUUGGCGUCGAGCCGAACGCCGCAUCGCAGUCCGCGCUGCGCCGGAGCGUCCAGGAGGCCGCGCUCGACGGCGUCUACGAGGUCGUGCCCGUUGGUAUCGAGGAGCUCGGGGAUGCGAGCCGGUGGGAUGGCAAGAUUGAGCCCGAGAGCGUCGACUGCAUCGUCUCGAUUCUGUGCCUCUGCAGUAUCCCCGACCAGGAGGCCAACAUUGCCACUCUCUACGGCUACCUGAAGAAGGGCGGCCGUUGGUAUGUUUACGAGCAUGUGCAGGCCAAAAGCAACCUGUUCAUGAAGCUCUAUCAGCGCUUUGUCAACCUCUUCUGGCCGCAUGUGAUUGGUGGCUGCGAGCUUUGCCGGGACACCGAGACAGCGCUCAGGAACGCCGGCGAGUGGCAGAGUUUCGAACUGGCCCAGCCCCCGGAGGAGCCGUGGUAUCACACUCUGCCGCACAUCUUGGGCGUGCUGACCAAGUAG